ACUAAACUCAAUUCGUACCCUUCAAACCACCAUCGAGGUUAGCGUUGGAUCAACAUGGCGGCGUUGAAGCUCCUCAGCACGGGGAUGGGGUUUCUGCAGUCGUCCUUGCCGCUUUGUAGACAGGCCUACAGAAGUUCAGUUGGAGUGGUGGAGCAGGUCCGGAACUACUAUGUUGACUGGAGGAUGUUACGGGAUGUGAAAAGGAGACAGUUGGCUUUUGAAUAUGCAGAUACAAGACUGCGCAUCAAUGCCAUUAGGAAGAAUACUAUUUUGCCAAAAGAGUUGCAGGAGAUAGCUGAUAAAGAAAUAGCCGCACUUCCUCGAGACAGUUGUCCUGUGCGCAUUCGCAACAGGUGUGUGAUGACAUCACGUCCACGUGGAUUAAAGCGCAGGUGGCGUCUCAGUCGCAUUGUUUUUCGCCAUUUAGCAGACCACAACCAGAUGUCAGGAAUACAGAGAUCCAUGUGGUGAUCAGCCACCAUCAUGGGAUUCUUCUAAAACCUUGUCAUAAACGAGAAGAUAUUCUUGCAUAGAAUGCAAAGAGACAGAACCUGAAAACCAACAAGCUCACUGUUUGUUGUAAUUUUUGUUUCCUACUGAAUUGAUUCAGAUUUUAGCAUUGUCUUUUUUUUUUUUGUCUAUAACUGAAGUUAUUUUGUUGUACAUACAAUAAAAAGGUGGUAUGUGCUACUUUCGUGUUUUUGGGGUUUUUUUUACUCUGAAAUAUUUUAUUUUGACUAAUUUGACUAAUUAUUAAAAUAAAUACAUAAAGAGGAUGAGGACGUCUACAGUACAUGUUUUAUCAUCAACACAAAUUUGAACAUUGAAACUU